AGCCUUCGCCGCGUACCACCUAGUCAUUUCGUAGUAGCGCUCAGUCGCGUUCACGUACUUACGUACGAGCACGCUCACUCGUGUACAACGAAUUCAACCGACUAGUCCGAGACCGGCUGUGACGGACAUAAUAGUAUGAAGGACAUCCGGUCGCAGUUUGAGAAAAAUGGCUUCGUCGUCUUGGAAGAUUUCUUUCAACCGGAAGAAAUCGAUGAACUUAAAUUCUGCGGGGAAGAAUUUACUAAAAAUUUACCGCCGGAAAAUGAGAGAAACAUUUUUAAUUCGAUAGAAUCGCAACAGAACAAAGAUAAAUAUUUUCUGGACAGUGCUAAUAAGAUCAGUGUAUUCUUCGAAUCCGAAGCUCUAGACGAUAAUGGAAAGUUAAAAGUUCAUCCUAGAGUAUGCCUUAAUAAGGUAGGUCAUGCUCUUCAUUGGCUUCAUCCCACUUUUAGAAAAUACACUUUCGAUGAAAGAGUUAAGGAAGCAGCUUUUCAACUGAAUUACGAAGAACCAGCUGUUUGUCAAUCAAUGUACAUCUAUAAAAAUCCGGGAAUCGGAUCAGAAGUAAUAAUGCAUCAAGAUGCAUCGUAUUUAUAUACGGAUCCAGUGAAACUAGUUGGUUUUUGGAUCGCUUUGGAAGACGCUACUCAAGAAAAUGGAUGUCUGUGGAUCGCACCAGGUUCUCAUCAAAGCGGCGUUCAUCGACGUUAUAUAAGGAAUAAGGAUCCAGAUUCUAAGGAUCUAUUGAUAUACGAUAAACCUGCACCUUGUUAUCAACUUAGUAACUUUCGACCAAUACCAGUUAGCAAAGGGACUUGUAUUCUUAUUCACGGUCAAGUAGUACAUUUUUCGUAUCCAAAUAAAAGUGACAAAUCGAGACAUGCUUAUACGUUUCAUGUAAUCGAGACGCAACAUAUUUCUUAUUCGAAAGAAAAUUGGUUACAACCGCCUCCAGGAGGAUUUUUAAAACUAUACAGAAAUUAAAUUCACAAAGGUAACGCUCUACAUCUCGUUAGAGUGUUAUCAAAUUGCUUUGUUAAACAUUGCCAGGUAUCAUAAAAUAAUACCUAUUUGCUAUUCUGGCUGUGCAUUUUUAUUUUUCAUGUUGUACAAAGAUUCUUAUAUUAUAUAAAACUGUUAAUAAAAAUAUUUAAGAUAUCAA